CUUUAGCGUCUCUACACAAAGCAGAGCCUGUUUACGGCUGUAAGAAAUUCCUUGUACGAAGUUGGUUUAAUUUUUUGAUCCAUAAGAAAAUAAUUAGGCCUAGCCUUUUUAAGAUGGCCACGGGUAAACUACCGAUGGAAAAAUCAAAAGAUGAAGGCAAACUCAACAUUUCCAUCACUGACCAUGGGGCUGUCUGGAGCCCCGGAGAAACAAUUACAGGAAUCGUGGAAAUAAAAAACGUCGAACCAAUCCCAUCUAAAGCAAUCAAAGUGAACUGCAGAGGCUACUGUGGCGUCAGUCCCAGAGAAAGCUCCAAGUUAAGAAAGCUCCAAGAUCCAUCAUGGGAAGUGGAGGAACAAUACUUCAAUAACAGUAUUUCAAUGGCUGACAAAGGCAUUCUGAAGAAUGGGUCACACACCUUUCCAUUCACAUUUGUUGUUCCAGCCAACAUUCCUUCAACCUAUUACGGUAAAUAUGGCAGGAUUAUAUUUGAAAUCCGAGCCUUCGUCGACUUGCCUCACUUUUCAAAUGGCCUCAAGGCAAAGAGGGAUUUCUACAUCCAAAAGCCCCUUAACCUCAACACUGUGCCUAAUAUUCAGGAUAUUAGCUCCUCCUCUGUCACUAAGGACUUCACCUACAUGCUCGUGAAAAAUGGUACCAUUGUGCUGAAGGCGACCAGUGACAUGCGAGGGUACAAACCUUGCCAGAUCAUUAAACUAGAAACAGAGAUCGAGAACAGGUCGGGGACAUCCACAAGCAAAGUGGUAGCCAGCUUCAUACAGAAAGUGACUUACAAAACUAAGAGGCCCAUUCAUGACCUGAGGACUGUUGCCAAAGUGGUGGGUACCAGCGUGAAGGCCAAGAAGGAGGCCAAAUGGAAGGAGCAGAUUGCUGUACCCCCUACUGCUCACUCCACUCUGGGAGGCUGUGAACUUAUCAACAUUGAAUAUUACAUUCAGGUCUCGCUGAAAUUCCCUAACGUAUUACUGACUCUUCCCAUCUUCAUUGGCGGCGUUGCCGUGGACGCCACCCAUCACAGCGACUCUGCCUCCUCUGCCCCCCCUGCUGGACAGGAGCACAAGCCCCUGGAGGAGGGCAUGUCACAGGCCGAGGAGAUUGUGACCAAGAGUCACUCUCAGCCGCCGGGGGACGUUUCACCCCAUGCCUUCUACCGAAUUCAUUUACUUCAGUCGUUCGGGUCACCGGAAACGUUCAUAGCGCCAUUUUUUGAUAAAGGAGAGUGAUCAUUGGCUAGCCUGACUGACACCAGACCAAUUCACAAAUCUCUUGUGGACACUUCUUUCACUUGUGCUUUCCAAGGGGCCAAAAAAUAUUAAAUUCUCACAAAUAUUUUUGGAAGUAUUAGCAAAGACACUUAGUGGCUUUAAAAAAUAUAGAGUUUCAAUCUGUCAUCAUACAAUACACCCCAUGUCAGAGAAGUGUUUGUAGUUGGUUCCCGGGUUUCAGGUGAUUAAAAAAUGGGAAGGUCACCAGAAGGAUCUGCUGAGCAUAUUCAAAUGUGCGCGCAGAUUUUUUUGGGUUCACACAGGCUUGAUAUUGGUUAAUUACAUUACGAUUGCUAUAUAAUGCAGUGGUAUUACUUUGGUUAUAAGUGCUAGUUGUAAGGUAAUACAUCCACACCUUAUUUAACUGGGGUAAGAGCGGUGUCUUUUGAACAUACCUCUUCACACUGAGAGUAUUGCUACCUCAGUAUAUACACAUGGUGAGCUAUCAGGCUACUAGCCGUGGCCUACUAGUUAGGGCUUUGCGCUUGUAACCAGAGGGUUGCCGGCUCGAUUUCCAACCAGUUCAUGGCUGAAGUGCCCUUGAGCAAAGCACCUAACCCCUCACUUCUCCCCGAGCACCGCUGUUGGGCUGGCAGCUCACUGCUCUGGGUGUGUGCUUCACCUCACUGUGUAUUCACUGCAUGCUGUAUGUUCACUAAUACAUGAAUUGGGAUAAAUGCAGAGACCGAAUUUCCCUCAGGGGAUCAAAAAAGUAUAUACUUAUACUUAUAUACUUAUACUUUCAAAUGAAUCACAGAAUGAUUUUCAAAUGAGAGAACUGUUGACGGCUGAUGCAAAGACCUUUGUCCAUUGUCAUUUCCUUCAAUGUCUGACACAAUGCUAGUGAUGACAUCUUGGCAAAUGACUGUCAGAUAAUAGGAAAUCUAGUAAAUAUUUCCUUAUGAAUCUGUGGCCUGUAGCUCCAUCUAGUGGAACAACAGGCAAAUCAAUCAGCAAUGUGUUUGACUUGUAUGUGGCUGCUGUGUUUGACUUGUAUGUGGCUCUGCUGCACACCACUGACUUACCGCUGGACUUACCACAAUAAGUGUUGGUUAUCUAUUUCAAAUCAAUAAAAUAUC